UAUAUGAUGGUGUUUUGUUUUAUUGACAGCAGAAAUGUCUUUGAAAAGGAACGCGAGCGGCAAUAUGGGAGAAUGGGAGAGGAUCUUUGCACAAAGCCGUGUCGUACCCCUACACAGACAGAGAAGCAAGCAUGCGCGGAGCGAAUCGACAGGAUAUCAGAUUUUCCUGGGGACUUUGGAAGGGACCCUUAUUAAACAGAAGGAUUCCGAAGGAUUUUCAGACGUGAACUAUCAGAUAAGGCUUUCGCUUUUUGAUGUCACUUAUCAUCAUUUCUUUGGAAGAACAUGGAGAAGCACCUCAAAGCCAUGCAAAGCCACGUCCGGCCAGACACCGAAGGUUAUCUUCAAUGAGCCCGUAUAUAUCCUCGCCGCACCGAAUGACCCCAAUAUCGUUGCUGUUGUUGAGGUUGUUGCUAUAACCAAAAAAAGAGACGGAGCGACUCAAGAGCUGUCCUGCGGCUUUGGAAUUAUGACUCUGUUUAGCAGCCAGCCCGAGGAAGAUCCGGACGAUCAGACCAGGAGGUUAAAACUUUAUUAUGGAACGCCUCGUUCCCUUCUGCAUCCGUCUUUCAAAGACCCAACAGAAUUAAGCAGGCAUAUGACUUUAAUGGAGAACAGCCACAUCCAGUACACGGUGCGCCUCCACGGAGCUCUCCAAGGAGCUGCACACUUGCUGCCUCUGAACGUUUUGGUCUCGGGUUCAGAAAGCGUUCCUGGUCUAGUCUCAGCACGGGACGGCUCGGGUAAUGAAUUAAAGAAGCCGCAUCUUCAGAGAACCAUCGUGUGUCACCUGGAUAAACUGUCUCUUUUCCUGUACCCAUCUUUGGAGAAGUUUGAAGAGGAGCUGAUAGGACUGAUUAAUAAUGACCGUUUGCCGAAGAACCCCAGAGCAGACGGCGCCACCGUGUCUAUCCAAGAGCGCCGGUUACACAUCGGUGUUCACAACGGCUGGGGAUUUGUUCAGAAGCCCCAAGUCGUAGUCCUUGUGCCUGAAAGUGAAGUCGUCGGAAACCGUUCCACCAUGAGCCUGAAGAAGAAAGCUUCGUCGCAACAGAAAUCAAGCUCCGCAGUACAAGCGCUGGUGUUACGGAGCCGCAUACGUCUGCCUGAGAUGGUCAAUCACCCCGGAUUUGCAGUUGUCUUCCAGCUGGAAUACGUCUUCUCUGUGCCAAGCGGAGUCAGCGGCAAGGUGCCAUCCGUAACAUGUCCGCUUAAUACGUCUUACAUGCACAUGAUUCGUUGGGCCUCGUUUAACCCUCGCCUGGAACCUGGCUCUUCAGAAGUGACCUUAUCUCUGCAAGGAGGACCUCAAGCCAACCCCAGUAACGCCUUAGUGUACAAGAUACCCCCGACUAGUAUGAGCUCCGACGAGGUGCAGCAGGUUGAAGCCGGAACGAUACAGUUUGAAUUCUACGUCCGCUCAGAAACGCGUUUUGAAGAUGGUGCAGAGUCUGUAGACGGCUUCAGGGAAGAACUUACUCAGUCGAACAAAAAGACAGCCUCCUUUAAUCCAAAGGUGGUGGUCCAAAGUCGAGUUUCCCUUCAAGAGUCACAGUUAGGACCUGCGUUGUCAAUGUCCCAGCUGACCGCCUCGCCUCGUUAUCCAACUAUCAGUCACUCUUCUAAGCUAGCUCUGCAGCAAGUCCCAAGUCAACUCAUGCCUUCACCGAUGGCCUACCAACGUUCUCAUGCUGAAUUUCCGUAUGUAAGUGGGAUAACCCAUCUCGAGGCUGAUAUGAGUGAAACAAACCCCGACCUUUCCGCCUCUGACCACCUUCAAGAACUUCUUUUUUCCCCGGUUCACGCACCUAUUGUUGCUAUGGGCACUCAGACGGGAAGCUCUACGUCCCUGUUAUCUCGGGCCGCCUUGGCCCGUCUCCAUUCCGUUGACUUCCCCGAAAUCCUGGACUGCAAUAACGAAGUGGCAGAGGUGGUGGACCCAUCAGACCCCGUGAACUUUAAUCCGCAGCGGGAAGAGGCUGAUCAUCUGCAGUGCAAUGAGAUUAUCUUGCAGUUCCUCGCCUGCAGCAGGCUACGAGAAGAUGACGCCUCUGCACAGUGGCCUCGGACCAUUUACUUCACUUUUCAGUUUUAUCGUUUUCAACCUGUAACGACUCCUCGACUACAGCUUGUGAAACUACAUCCGUCCAGUACCGAUCCUUUGGCGCAUAUCUUACUCCAGAUUAAUCAGGAUGGCUCCAUUAAUAAAGGCUCUCCAGGAUACCAGCUAAAAUACAUGGUCGAUCCGGGCUACCUGAAGCCAGGAGAACAGCGAUGGUUUCGUCGUUACUUGGCUCUCCAGACACUGCAGAUCGAUGUUUGGGACGGGGAAUCCUUGCUGCUCAUUGGGUCGGCUGCGGUGGAAAUGAAGCAUUUAUUGCGUCAAGGUCGACCUGCGGUCCAGGUGUCUCACGAGCUGGAAGUCAUAACAACAGAAUAUGAGCAAGAUAUGGUGAUGACCGGAGACCUUACGAAACAGGGCACCGCUAAACCCAUUGGCGUUCACACCAUUAUCAAGGGCCGGCUUCAUCUUCGCAUGGGGAAUGUCGGACGUCUUUCCGAGCAAAAACUUAAGAGGUCAGAGUCGCUCCCCCCUUCAAAAUCUCGCAUCAUAUCAACGCACGACGGCAGAAGUGGUUUCCGCGGAGGUAGCCUGCUUCCCAACAACGCUUUGGGCGGGAAGAAUAUCUCGCAGGCUCAGAAGUUGGCUGACUUAGACAGUGAAUUGGCAGCCAUGCUCUUCAGCCGCAUGAAAGAGCUCAGCAUUGCGUAUCAGAACCCGAGCAGCGAGACGGACGCCACGCAGAGACGCAAGAUUGAGAGGAUGAUGGCAGUGAGACAGCUCGAGUCGCAAGAGAACGUUAACUCGAGAAAAGCACUCAUUUUGACUCGACACGAGGAGCGCACUCAGCACUCUAGAGAUCUGCAGAUUAUCGAAGCAUACAGAGAGCGCACCAAGGCAGACUGUAUCUCCAGUAUGCUGAAUCAGGCCAUUACCUCAAAUUACACCGUCUACGCUACGCUGGGCGCUGCAGAAUUCUUUGAGUUUCAACUUAAAAACCCCUACAACACCCAGCACACAGUAACCAUAGAGAUUGAUAACACCGACCUCCGAGUUAUUGUGGAUACAAAGGAGUGGAAAUAUUUUAAAGGUUUAACAAAUACAUCAACACCCUUAGAAGAGAAUAUGUUUCAUACUGAGCAAAACUUCACAAAUCCGCGACUUUUUCUGCGCCCCAAGGAGACUGUCUAUGUCCCAUUCAGAUACCAGGCUUUCUGUGUACAUCACGUAACCGCAGCACAGCCGGGUCCGGGUGUCGGCGGACUGCAGAGGGAAUCACAGAGAACGUCCCAGUACGAUCCAAACGCAAUGUCGUCCCGCAAAAUUAAGGUUUCCUUCAAGACGUCGGACGGAAAACCUGUAGCGAUUCUUCAGGUGAACGUCGAACCUCAACCUCACGUUAUCGAUCAGACGUUUCGAUUUUAUCAUCCGGAACUGACCUUCCUGAAAAAAUCCAUUCGGCUGCCCCCGUGGUACACUCUCCCAGGCGCACCUGUCGGGAUGUCAGGUGGGGAGCCGGAAUUUCACGUUCACUGCAGCGACCCCAAUGUCAUCUGUGACACCAAAAAAAUGGGCCCCGGAGAGCCUCAGGACAUAUUUAUAAAGGUAGCUGGAGGGCCGAGUCCGCAGAUUAAAAAAUUCUUUGUUGUUCUUUACAUAGACCCGUGGUUUGCCGCUCCUCUGCAGAUUUGGCAGAUCUAUGUGCAUUCCCUGAAAAGGGUCGAUGUUAGCUGCGUAACCGGCCAGCCGACCCGGCUUUCUUUGGUUCUGCGAGGAACACAAGUUAUCCGAAAAGUGAAGGCUUACAGUUCCCAUCCCAAAGAACUGAAGGUCGAUCCGGACGGCGUAUUCGUACUGCCUCCGAACGGAAUACAAGAUCUCCACAUAAGCGUCUGUCCGUCCAAGGCGGGCAGUAAAUUUACUUACCUCAAUUUAGUGGAUGUGGAUCAGCACCAGCUUGUAGCGUCGUGGCUGGUUUGCGUGUCUUGCAGAAAUCCCAUCAUUUCUAAGGCUUUUGAAAUUGCCCUUACUGCUGGAGGAGAAAAGGGCUGCAACAAAAGGAUUACGUACACCAACCCUUAUCAAACCAAGAAAGUGUACUCCCUGCGUACGAACCGGCCCGAUCUCCUACAAUUCAAGGAGAACACUUUCCAGGUUGGCGUCGGAGAAACGUACACGAUCGGCUUGAGGUUUGCCCCAAGCCAGAGCAGCGGUUUAGAGGAAAUUCUGAUUUUCAUCAAUGACCAGGAAGAUAAAAACGAGGAGACAUUUUGCGUGAAGGUCAAGUAUGAACCUCCUGUGAAACUGUCUUCAUAA